AUGGAAAAAAAAAUACUUUCAGGACAUGUAUGUUGUGUUAAGUCUCGUGAACUUUUGAAUUGUCUUUCACAAGUGGAACACAGAAAGAAGUUACUUGGUGGAGGAGUAUGGGGAAAAAUUUCGGCAAGCAACUUUAAACUCAAGAACCAUUUUGUAUUAGGUUUCGUUCCAUUUGGUGGUUGCUUUGAAGAAUUUAUAGCUCCAUUUGUUACAGAAAUGAAGACAUUGGAAAAUGGAAUAACUAUAGAUGUACAAGGGACAAAGAGCAUUGUAAUCGCAAAGAUUUCUGCAGUACCGAUGAUGACAAGAUGUAAGGAGAUUGCUGCAGAAUAUAGAUUGUGUACACAGCCACCAAUACUUGAUAACUUAAAAAGAGAAAGACACCUUCAAUCGCCACAUGAUGUCUAUCAUGCUAUAGCUGGAAAAGUAUUAAAAUUUCUCAGGAUUACUAUCGAUGCACUCUCUUCAGAAGGAAAAUUAGCAUUUAUUUUGUCUUGA